GAUCGUUAAAUCCAGGAAAAGCUAUAGCAAUGGCCAUCUGCCCUAUCAUUGUCGGUUCAUUUUAUUACUUAGCACGCGCUCUUCAUGCGUGACGUGGUGACUGAAUCUGCGCAGUAAGGAUGCGCAGAAACAAUUAGCGCGAACUUCCUUAAACUAAUUUUUUUAUCUAAUUUUAAGCAUGUUGUGAGGUUUAUAAAUUCUAAGUUUUUUUUAUUAUAUUUAGCAGGGCCUCUAUUGAGCUGACAGAGUUAUCCUGAAAAAAUGAAGGUUUACUUACUUAGUCACUGAUUAAUGUAGUAUGCUCGUCCAUUCUAGUCUCGUGGCUAUAAAAUAAUAACGUUUUUGCAUGCCACCUUAAUUUGAUUAAUUUUAAAAGAAAUAUUUCUUCAUUGAAAGGUCACAUAAUCUGAAAUGACGCAGCAAACAGCCAACUAUCAAUGGCUCGUUAGACCAUAGUAAUAUGGAAAUGGCCAAUAAUAGUUAGCCACGGCCGUGUAAAAUUUUGUAACCGUAAUAGCGAUGUAAUGAAAUUGUAUUUUCCUUUUCGUCCCGAUGCAUGGGACUGAAAUAUUUGUGCACGUUUUGGAAAUGUAAACAGAUUUUCAGCUGGAUGUAAAUUUGUAUAAAGGAAUGUAAAACGACUGUCAGAUGACGGUUGACAGGACAACUACAUAUGAUUUAUAUGAUUUAUAUGUCAAACAUUAAUAAUAUAAUGACGUGAUGAGAAUAAAGAGAACAAUGUUGAGAAAAUGAUUUUAAGAUGAUUUGUUACAAGCUUGUAACGUUUCAAAAUGUAAGGGGAGAGUCAAUGAAUAACAUUAUCAUUUUUUUGUAAUUCAUGAUUGUCAUAAUCAAAGAAUCAGACAUGGAGACGCGCCCAUGGGGGUGCUUGUAGUUCGUUUUAGGGGUUAAGAAAGCGUGUUUGGUACGUCUUUGAGUGUUGUGCCUCAAAAGGUCCACAGCAGGAGCUUUAGCGGUACCUUUUAGGGCACUAAGCCGAAAAAAGUAUGACAGGAGAUAAAAUUUCAAGCCAAGCCCACAAAACUGGAUCCUGGCACCUCUUAGGGGUUCUUUUCAAAAAUUCCGACGAGCAUCCCCACCCUUUAUAUAUGGAAGUCUCUCCGCCCCCUCCCCACCACUUUCUCCCAGGGAGACGUGUUUCCACUUUUAGUGGCUUUUACAUUUGUACUCCGUCUAGCUCUCUACACACUGCGUUCGCGCUUUUUCGUCUAUGCAGCCGAAGAUAGUCUAACCUUUACUUGUCUCCUGAUUUAGUCUCGUUCGCAAUUUACGUUAACGUUUGCGUUUCAAUCCAAAUGACGUCAUGGGAUUUUCCAAGUCAAAUCACAACGUGCAUUUCGAAAUCUUCAAUCUUGCACAAAUGAAUGCACUGCUUCGAUCUAAAACGUAACACGAAGACAACGCAUAUAUAUGUACAAGCUGUGCAGUUCUUUGGAUACUUGAAAAUUGUCGUCUAAAAAGUGGACUCGCUGCACUUAAGGGGUUAUUACUUAGAGACCCACAUGAUAUGGAGCUGCUUUUCUGAGAUUCUUUGCUUAAUAAUAACAACUUUGUUGUCUGAUCUGCUCACCGAGGGAGGACAGUUGCCACCUGUCCUCCCUCCCCUCCCUUAUAAAGGCUAAAGCAGCGCAUACAUUACCAUUUCACUUUGAAUACUGUCCACUAAUGCCACAUGUGCAAGUGUAAGAAACAAGAUGCUCUAAAUAAACACUCUAAAUAAACACUGUAUGAAUGUGCCAAAUGAAACAUUUGCGUAGAUUGACAGAACGUGCAAUUGAGAGCUAUUGCGCCGCAUACCACUCACGGAAAAGACAAAGAAACAUUUUGCGCAACAAAACAACCUGCGCGCAAAAUGAUCACAUUUAGCAGUCUUGGAUUUCUUUGUAGGCUGAUAACGUGUAUCAUUACUGUGCAGAAUGCAGGUUCUUUGAACUGUAAACAGCAGUCACUGUUAUGGCAUAAUUACUACAGAAACAUUCAUCAGGUUGGCAAUGUAACAUGGUCAAGUAAGCUGUUUAAAAAAGCCAGGACAUGGGCGGUUUAUUUGGCCAAUAACAAUCUAUUUAUCCACGAAAAAGAUGAUCCUGGAAAUCUUUUCCUGUCUGCAGGAAAACCUAAAGAACCAUGCGCCAGGGCUGUCCAGCUAUUUUACACUGAGGAGAAAAACUACAAUUACAAGACGCCGGAGGUCUUUAAUGGUGCCGGGCACUUCACUCAGGUUGUUUGGAAAAACACGAAGGAAAUUGGCGCAUUCAGCAAAGAAAGAAACGACGGUAAAACUGUCGUGGUGGUCAAAUAUUCUCCCCCUGGAAACGUCCAGGGUUAUUUCGCUAAAAACGUCUUCCCUCCGAGAAAGCCGACAACAGUGACAAGACCUACGAUUACAAAAACUGAUAACUCGACGGUCACUACCCUUACUUCACCAGGACCGAAACCAGACGUUAGAGCAGGUGCCAAGAGUGUAAAAGGCAGGAGAGGGAUACAUUUUGUUAUGCAGUUCGGACUCUUAGGUUUUUUGAUUAUUAAGACACUUUACGUGGAUUGAAACGUGAAAUAACAUUCCAAGUUUUAGCAAGCGGAAGGUUCUAACCUUGUGAGAAAAAAGCUUUGAUAUUCAACUCGUAACAAUUCUAAACUGAUGAUGACUCUACUGUCUCUAAUUAACUAAUUGUUGCUCAGCUUUGAAUAAAUAGCAGUAUUUAGAGAAGAAGCCACAUCAGCCCCAGCUGGUUUUCACGCGGAUC